AUGGUGAAAUCAUAUGAUAGAUAUGAAUAUGAAGACUGUUUAGGAAUAGUAAAUUCAAAAACAUCGAAUUGCGUUUUUCUUAACAACAACAGUAUAAUAUCAGGACAUGAUGAAUGUGUUGGUAUUUGGAAUAUAAAUGAGAAGGAAAUAAAAAAGAAACUUAGUGUGCCUUUUCUUCCCCCGUAUUAUUUUUUUACUCAUCAUGUUACAUAUAUUUGUAUUAAUAAUAUGAACAAGAAUAUUGUAGCUGUUGGAUAUGCUAAUGGUUCUAUUAGAUUAUUUGAUAUUGAAAAAAAUAAAAUAUUAUCUACCUUUAGUGGUCAUACCUCUGGUAUAUGUAAAUUAAAAUUUAAUGAAAUUGGUAAUUAUUUAUGUUCUUGUAGUAAAGACACGAAUAUUAUAUUAUGGGAUAUUAUUAAUGAUAAAGGUGUUUUUAAACUUGAAGGACAUACAAAUGUUGUAACAGAUAUCGAAUUUUUACAAAGAAAAAAUUCUUAUUUAGAUGAUUUUCUUGAUAAUAAUAUUCUAAUUAGUGUAUCCAAAGAUUGCCUAAUAAAAGUCUGGGAAUUAAAUAUACAAUCAUGUGUUCAAACUAUUGUAAAUUGUGAAGAAGAAAUUACAAGCUUGAUAAUUAAUCAAACUAAUACCAGAUUAAUUGUUGCAUGUAGUUCUUUUUUAAAAAUUUAUAAAAUUAAUUUAUAUUCUAAUCAUAUCAUUAAAGAUACAUUUACCAACUCUAAGAUUUAUAUUACUUUUUUAGCUAAUAUUAAAAGACCAACAAAUUGUAGAAUACAAAAUAUGAACAUGAUAUUUUUUAUAGAUAAUGAAGAUAUAUAUAAUGAUCCAUAUGAACUAGUAGACCAAAAUAAUAAUAAAAAUGUGGGAGAAAAAACUAACAAUUUAUUAUAUCCUUAUCAUAAUAAUGAAAAUAUGAAUAAUUCUUUUAUAUCUUCUUCAAAUGUUCAUAAUUUAAAACAAAAUGAAGACCUAUUAGGGACAGAUAAUUUGUCUAAUCCAAAUAUAUUAUUAAAUAAUAACAACUUAAAUACAUCCAAUAAAUAUUGUGAAAGAACUAGAUAUUCUAUUGAUGGAGAUAAUAGUGGUCUUUUAAUUUGCUGCACGAAUUUAAAACGUAUUGAAUUUUAUAAAAUUAAUUCUAUAAAAAAUCAAAAGAAAUCCGAAAAAAAUAAAAAGAAAAGAUAUAUUGAAAAAUUAAAAAAAAAAAAAAAAAAAAUUUUAAAUGAAAAAAAGAAAAUCGAAAAAUUUAAAGGAAAAGAAAGUAUCGAUUAUAAUUUUCUGAAACAAAAAUUAGAAGAUUUAGAAAAAGAAUUAUUCAUUUAUAAUAAUUAUGAUAUACAUACAGCAAAUGAUGAAAUAAAAUAUUUAUUUAAUUACAAUUAUAAAUUUAAAUUACAAAAUAUAGAUGUUAUGAAAAAGAAAAAAAAAGAUAAUUAUAUAUAUCUCCUUGUUUCUUUUAUGUCUAAUCGUUUGAGUGUGUAUCAGGUUAAUUUAUAUGACAUUUUGCAUAAUAAGGAUAGUUUUAUUGUAAUGGAUAAUCAGAAAAAGGAAGAGACUGCAGAUAAGAAUAGCAUUGAUAUGGAAAUUAAUAGUGGGGCCAAUAAAAGUGAUAAUAAAAGUGAUAGUGAUAAUAAAAGUGAUAGUGAUAAUAAAAGUGAUAGUAAUAAUAAUAGUGAUAGUAAUAAUGAUAGUGAUAAUAAUAGUGAUAGUAAUAAUGAUAGUGAUAAUAAAAGUGGUAGUAAUAAUAAUAGUAAUGUUAAUAGUGAGGAAGAGAAUGAAAAACAAAUAAAGGAAAAUGUUAAAAUUGUGGAGAAAAAAAUUUAUGAUUAUUCAAAAUGUUUUAAAGAAAUAUGCGAAAUAAACAAAGGUCAUAAUAGUUCUGUCGAUUUUUUAAAUUUAUCAUCAAAUAAAGAAUUGUUAAUAUCCAUAUGUAAAAAAUAUGUAAAGAUAUGGAAUAUGAAUAAUUUACAAAAUAUUAUAACAAUAAAUCUAGAAGGAUGUACUAAUGCUAUAUUUUGUAAUAAUGAUGAGAAUAUAAUAAUUAGUGACGAAUGUGGUUAUUUAUAUUUAUAUGAAUUAAAAAAUAUUGAGUUAAAAUAUAGUUAUAAAGCCCAUGCAAAUAAAAUUAUCAGUCUGUCUAAAAAAUGGAAUAAAAACGAUAGUAAUAGUUAUGGUAAUAAUUAUAAUAAUGAUAAAUAUUAUUAUGAUAAUAAUAAAAGUAGUACAAGUAAUGAUAAAGGCUUUUUAUCUGUGGGAGAAGAAAAUUAUUUGAAGAUUUUUGAAUAUACCAUGGGUGUGACAACUAAUGAAUUAAGUGAAAGUGAAAGUGAAAAUGAUGAUAAUAUAAAUAAUUUUCAUAGUAGUAAUAAUAUUGGAAGAGAUGAAAAUUCUUCUAUUGUGAAUAAAAAAGGAAAUUAUAAAAAAAAUUCAACAAGGGAAGAACUAAACAAUAAUGAUAUGUAUAAUAAAGAUUAUAAUUCUACAAAUGAUGAGAUAAAAAAAGAAAAUUGUGAAAUAUUUAUGUUUAAAGAAAUUGAUUGUUAUCAUUUAAGUGAUAAAGUUAGUUGUGCUAUGUAUUCUCCAGAUGGGAAAUAUAUAUGUAUUGGUUAUUUAAAUAAUUUAAUAGAAAUAUUAUAUAGUGAUACUUUAAAGCUACAUUUGACAUUAUAUGGUCAUAGUCUACCAAUAACAUGUAUAGAUAUAUCAAAAGAUAAUAAAAUAUUAGCAUCUAGUUCUGCUGAUAAAUUAAUAUUUUUAUGGAAUAUGGAAUAUGGUAAUGUAAAUAAAAGAUUACAUACUGAAUGUGAUAUAGUUACAAAAAUUCAAUUUUUUAAUAAUAAUAAUAAUUUAAUAAGUAUAUCAAGAGAUGGAUAUAUAAAAAUGUGGGAUGCAAUAAAAUUUCAAUGUAUAUGUACUGUAGAUGGAAAUUUUGGCAUCUUGAAAUGUUUAGCUAUUAAUCAUAAUGAUGAUUUCUUUUUAACUUCAGGUACACAUAAAAGUAUAAGAAUUUGGAAAAAAGGAGAUGAUUUAAUAUUUUUAGAAGAAGAAAGAGAUAAAGAAUUAAAUUUACAAAUAGAAAAAGAAGCUAUUCGAAAUGAUUUAGCUUAUCCGUCUUCUGUAGAAAAAAAUGUUCUAUUAAAUAAAGCUACUAUUAAAACUAUAGAAACAAUAAAAUCAUCAGAAAAAUUAAUUGAAUAUCUAGAUAUUAUAGAAGAAGAAAUCAUUUUAUUAGAUACAUAUUAUAAAAAUCUAACAGCAUAUGAAGAAGCUAAAGCAAAAAAUGAACUACCAGAUUUUGUUCAACCACCAACAAAACCAUUAGGAAGACCAGAAUUAUUAAAUAAAGAUCCUCAUGAAUUUAUAAUAGAAAUUAUGUGUAAUAUCAAAAAUAAUAUUCUAAAUGAAGUUCUAAUCUCAUUACCAUUUUCAUAUGCAUAUAAAUUAUUAGAUUAUAUUAAAACCUAUUUAAUAUCAUUUCAUUUUUUUCAAAAAAUACAACAAAAUUAUAAAAAAUAUCUUUCAUGUGGUAAUUUUAAUUUCUAUGUAGAAUAUUCUAUAAAUAUUGUAUUAACAAUUAUUAAUAUUUAUAGAAAUCAAUUUCUAUUUGAUAAUAAAUUUCGUUUUCUACUUUAUGAAUUACAACAAUUAAUUCUGCCUCAUCUCAAAAAAUCAGUAGAACAAUGUGCUUUUAAUCAAACCACACUCAAUUUUUUAAUGUACUCAAUGGAUGAUGACGAAUUAAAUUUAGAUCUUAAUCUUCUUCAAAAUAAUUCUUUUAUAAAUAAAGAAACAAAAAAAAUACAUCAACACAAGGGAGAUUGA